AUGGUAACUGUUUCUGCAGCAAAGCCUGGUUACCUCAGGCCUGGUUACCUCAGGCCUGGUUACCUCAGGCCUGGUUACCUCAGGCCUGGUUACCUCAGGCCUGGUUACCUCAGGCCUGGUUACCUCAGGCCUGGUUACCUCAGGCCUGGUUACCUCAGGCCUGGUUACCUCAGGCCUGGUUACCUCAGGCCUGGUUACCUCAGGCCUGGUUACCUCAGGCCUGGUUACCUCAGGCCUGGUUACCUCAGGCCUGGUUACCUCAGGCCUGGUUACCUCAGGCCUGGUUACCUCAGGCCUGGUUACCUCAGGCCUGGUUACCUCAGGCCUGGUUACCUCAGGCCUGGUUACCUCAGGCCUGGUUACCUCAGGCCUGGUUACCUCAGGCCUGGUUACCUCAGGCCUGGUUACCUCAGGCCUGGUAACCAGGCUACUAUAAAAUUCUCGUAA